AUUGAAUUGACCUGAGCUCAUACACGAGCCUCGGACUACGUUUGACUGCUGCGCGUCUUCAGCAGUGACCUCACCGUAUCCCUGCACUGCAGCCAGCAGCGCGGCGCGAACCGCGGCCCGUGGACGCCGUACAAGCGACACAACAAAAAUACCACAGCGCUCAAAAUGACCGACGUCGAGCAGGACUGUUUGGAGGAGACCCUGCCGAGCCAGCACGACGCCUGCACGCCGCCUCCCUCCGCCUUCCACGACGAUUCUAGGGAGUCGACCGACGACGAGGCGGUGUUCGAGGCGCUCGCGUCGCAGUUCCGAAGCAGUAGAGCGCCGGCGACGCCGUUGCGAUCGUCCGAAGAAGAUGAGAGAGCUUUGGAGCGGUCCAUCUCCGGAUUAUCAUUAGCGCGGCCUCCCAGAUCCCCGUCACCGGUCAUGAGCGAGCCCCGAGUCCAUACACCCGCAAAAUCAGAAAGGAACACGCCCGUAAGAACGGCCUACAACCGGCCGCUGUCGACCUUAGAUGACGACGUCUCGAAGAAGUUGUUUGACGACAAGGAGAACGUGCCGCCCAACAAACAAAGUGUGAGGGCGUUAGAUGAAUGGCGAAGCGCGGAGGACGAGGACGGCGACACGUACUACUACAACCGGAGAAUUAGGAGAGUGGCCUGGGAGCUACCGAGGGGUGCCGUGACGGUGGAGCGAGAUGGUAUCAGUAGAAUCGUGGCCCCGCGCGACAGAACGAUCGAGCGAAGCGUCGACAUCGAGCGGUGCACGCAAGCCGCCCAACAGGCCGCCUCCAUGGCCCAAAAGGCGCGUUCCAUACCGCGCACGCCGCCCCGCACGGCGUCGCCGUUCCCGGAUUUGGCCGCUGCUUUACGUGAAGCGACUACCUCGACGCCAGAACGCGUGUUCUCGCCGGCGUGUAAAGUGGCGCCGGCGACGCCGCCUCCAUCAACACCCGAGCGGCCCCGGACGCCGCCGCCCCAGGAGGCCGCGCCGGCCGUGCGCACGCCCGUCCGGGAGGAGCCCCAGGCGCGGGCCGCGCCUCCUUCACCAAUGCCUGUGCGCACGCCGCCUCAACCGGAGCCCAAGAAGGACCUGCAGUCGUUGCGAGCGCGCUUCGCCGCGCGGGCCCAGCGACCCCCUCCAUCAGAGGAAACGCCGCAACAGGUGCGCAAGCCGUCGACGGCCGUGACGCCCCACGAUUUACCAAAGCCCCGCCGCCUGGGCACGCCGCGACGGACGCCUCUAUCUGAAGCCAACUUCGGGGAGUCGCCGCCGCCCCAGCAGCCGCGCGUCUUCUGCUGCUACUGCGGGCAACCUUCUCAUGUUUCGAAGCUCAACGCGCACCUCGCUUCCUGUCCUCAAAGGAAGGCCCUGGGGAACACGCCCGUUGAACGGCGCCUGAGACAGGCCUUGCGGAACCACUGGGCCGCGUCGCCCCAGAAGCCGGCGAAGAAGCCGGCGACGCCGGUGCCUCACUACGCGCUCGUGUCGCCCGAGUGAAUGAGCCCCUCUUUUUGCCCCUUUCCCCUCCGUAAACGUACGAUGAUA